UCUAUAGCAAGAAUGAAUUAUUAGAUUUUUAUUGCUCCAAUUUCAGGAUUCAGUGUUGAAACCACUACCUAAAGUAAUUUACUUUGCUAACUGUUUUAAAGCUCCAUUGUAGCUACAAUAACUAUAGAUGGAUAUCUCUUGUAUGCCUGCAGCCACAGUCAUCAUGACAAAUGUUGACAGCAUAAAAGUUGGUGUAAGAAUUCGACCUUUUAAUCAGAGAGAGAAGAUUUUGCAGAGCAAAUGUAUAAUUUCAAUGACAAGAAACAAUGUUGAAAUUAUUGACCCUAAAAAUGCGAAGAAGAAGAAAACAUUUGUGUUCGAUUAUUGUUAUUGGUCCCAUGAUGAAUAUGUGAAGAAUGAACUGGGAAUUUACAUUCCAGAUGGACCUGAGAGCAGAUAUGCUGACCAGGUUUGUGUCUUCAACGAUGUUGGUAAAGCUGUGCUCAAUAAUGCCUGGAGAGGUUACAAUACCACAUUAUUUGCAUAUGGCCAGACUGGAUCUGGUAAAAGCUACACAGUGACAGGUUCUGGAUUGAACAAGGGGCUGGUACCACUGAUUUGUGAAAUGCUAUUUAAGGAAAUUAGGCAACAAGAAUGUGAAGAAAAGCAAUUUCAAGUCCACUUCAGUAUGCUUGAAAUUUGUAAUGAGCAGGUGAUAGAUCUUUUAAGUAAAGACAGAAAACCUGGAGGUCUACGAGUUCGAGAAGGAAGACAUGGUUUUUAUGUUGAAUACCUUAAAGCAGUGCCUUGUGACAGUCAUAAAAAAAUAGAGGCUUUGUUUGAGGAAGGAUUAAGGAAUGGGAACACUACAUCUACAAGUAUGAACACCUCUUGUAGCAGAUCCCACUUGGUGAUUAAGAUACAUUUCAAACAGGUACAUACAAAAGAACUAUCACUAAAAGUUUCUGAGAUUGACCUAGUUGAUCUGGCUGGCAGUGAGAAACAACGAACAUCAUACACCACUAAUGAUCAUUUUGUUGAAGCAAGAGCUAUUAAUCUGAGUUUAACAACACUUGGUAAUGUAAUUAGUGCUUUGUCCGAUAAAUCCACCGGAAAGAAAGUCUACCAUAUACCCUAUAGGAAUUCAGUUCUUACCAAACUACUAAGUACGGCACUGGGAGGCAAUAGUAAAACAGUCAUGGUUGCUUCAUUAAGUCCAGCUGAUAUCAGUUAUGAAGAGUCCUUAUCAACCUUACGACUUGCAGAAAGAGUGAAGAAUAUACAGAACCAAGCAAUCAUAAAUAAUUGUACAAUUCUACAUGUUCAUAACGACCUUAAGGAAGAGAAUGCAAGACUGCAGGCAAAAAUUAUGUCUCUUCAAAAAGCAGAAUUUAUACACUUAUCUGAAAGAGGUAACCUACAGCUCUUCUGUUCUCUAAUACCUAAAAAAUGUAUCAGUUUUGCUAAAAUUGCAUAA